UGUGCUGUUCCAGACAUGUGGUCCACAUAUCUAUGUACGUGCUUGGUUGGUACAUUUAUGAACAUUUAUUAUAUACAUAAGACCUUAAUUUUUUUUAUUACACCCCCAUGCAAACUGAAGGUGUCAUAUGUGAAUAAAUCACAUUUCUUAAAGCUACAACGGUCUCUGCCAAAGAAGCACAAACCCUGGGUGAGUGCCUGGAAUCCCAUGCACUCUUGCUUGGCAGAGUGGGGAAGGCACCCAACUGUAUCUUUAGUUGCCAGGCAAAUAAUAAUAAUUCUCUUCCCCCAGGCCUUUGGCUAAUUAACAACUUAAGGCCCUUUAAACUGGCAGGGGGUAAAAAAUAAACACACGGAGGGCAGCAGGUUGAGGAAGGCUGGUUGGAUACCCAGAGCUCCUUCAAUCAGACCUUCCUGGCUGCCAGCCAGGGAGCAACCCAUUUGCACUCUCCCAAAACUCUGCCUGCCUGCCGUGCCCAUUGCCAGCUCUGCCACUGCAAGGCCCCAGGAAGUAUGUCUCCUUGGCCUGACACAGAGGACAAUGCUGCUGCAUUGCAGACACUCACACACCGGGUGCUCAGGCAUUCUCUCAGCCUCAGAAAGGACCAGGCAUUGCUCCAUCCAGCCACUGAAGCUCCUGGAGCAACUCUGAGGUCUGAUUUCAGCAGACUCCUCCUGCGGACAGCAGGCAGGUGAUCGCGAUGGUGCAUCAGGGGAAGAACUGGAAGUCCAUGUGUAAGGGCCUCGUCCUGGGGACUCUCCUAACCAGCUUCAUGCUGCUGCUGUACUCCUACGCCGUCCCACCCUUACAAGUCAGCAUGACAGAGGUCCCAAUCCCCUACUCGUGCUCUUCCUACCCUUCCCAGGCUCGGCUGCUGGCUUUGGCCAACGGUAGCCACAGUCCACAGAAGUGUCAUCCCAAGCUGGACAUCAUGUUCCUGAAGACCCACAAGACAGCCAGCAGCACCAUAAUCAACAUCCUCUUCCGCUUUGGGGAGAAGCACCGCCUGAAGUUCGCCUUUCCCAGCGGACGCAGCGACUUCUACUACCCCUCCUUCUUUGAGCGGAGUCAAGUGCAGGACUACCAGCCUGGCAUGUGCUUCAACAUCAUCUGCAACCACAUGCGCUUCCAUUAUGAGGAAGUGCGCAAGCUGCUACCAGCCGACACCAUCUUUGUCACCGUGCUGCGGGACCCCGCCUACCUCUUUGAGUCCUCCUUCCACUAUUUUGGGCGCCUCAUUCCCAUGACCUGGAAGUUGUCAGACGACAAUAAGCUGGCCGAAUUCCUUCAGGACCCUUGGCGUUACUAUGAUCCCAAUGGAUUUGGUGCACAUUACCUCCAGAAUCUCCUCUUCUUCGACUUGGGCUAUGACAGUAGCAUGAAUGCCAACAGCCCUCUAGUUGAACAGUACAUCCGUGAAGUGGAUGAGCGUUUCCACCUGGUCAUGCUGGUAGAGUACUUUGACGAGUCAUUGGUGCUUCUGAAAGAUUUGCUCUGCUGGGAGCUGGAAGACAUCAUCUACUUCAAGCUCAACGCCCGGAAUGAUUCCAGCGUCUCCAGGCUGACGGAUGAGCUCUACCAGAAGGCCACAGCCUGGAAUCUCAUAGACGCCAAACUCUACCACUACUUCAAUGCCACCUUCUGGCGCAAGGUGGAAGCCUACGGGCGUGAGAGGAUGGCCAGGGACGUGGCCAGGCUUCAGGAAGAGAAUGAGAAGAUGAAGAACAUCUGCAUUGACGGGGGCCGCCCGGUGGACGCGAGCGCCAUCCAGGAAUCCAGCAUGCAACCGUGGCAGCCGUUUGGCAAAAAGACCAUCCUGGGCUACAAUCUGAAAAAGAGGAUCAACAAGAAGCACCGGAAGUUCUGCCGCAAGAUGCUAACCCCUGAGAUCCAGUACCUGACAGACCUGGGGGCCAACAUCUGGGUCACCAAGCUGUGGAGCUGGGUGCGCAAGUUCCUCAAGUGGUAGGAGGGCCGCAAAGUCCCUUUUCUUGACAAACAUGUGCCCCGUCCAAGAGAACAACCAGGUGCUUUCAUUUUGGUCCUCCCAACCAUCCGCCCCCCCCACCCACACUUCUUCUUUACCUUAGCUGGUCAGAUACGGCUCCUGCUUGCCACCAGCCAAUGCUUGAACUAGCCUCAGAAUGAAAAGGGACAGCAAGCUUGAGCGGUUAAAAGGAGAGGAAUGGCCAAGGCCAAGCGAAGGCAUGAUCAAAUCAUCCAUUUGGGCCCAGGCUGUGCCAGGAGGGGGAUGUUGCGGCACAGGCAAGGGCUGAAGUAGAUGGGCCCCCACCACCCCUGGGUGCCAUGCAGAGUCCAAACAUUUGAGCCAGCCCCACUGUUUCAGCUGAGAGCAGAGCAAGCAGCAGCAGACAACGGCAUCAGGACACCUCUGCCAAUUUGCAGCAUUUUGCUAACUCUUUAGAGCUCUGCUUUUCUUCCUCUUGACUCUCGUUUCAAACUGCUGUGGACAGUGAUGGAUGAGCUGCCACCACCCUGCUUCCUGUGUCCUCCUGGUUGGGAGAAACUUGGGGGAAGUGGCUGCUUGUUUGUGCUUGUGUGGCUAUUCGCACAUGUAUGUGUUUGCAUGUAUUGACAGAUGCUCCUUUCUAAAGAAGGGAAGUCAACGCACGUGUAAUUUGCUCACAUCUGCAGGGAUGGACAAUGGAUGUGAUGGAUGGGCAGCACGUUUCUGAACAUGUGCGCGAAGACGCAAAUAGUAGAAGUCUGUCUAUGGGCAUAUCUAUACCACGGACUUAAAACUAGUUAAAUCAGGGGUAGCCAACACCUUGUCUCCAGAUGUGGUUGGGCUGAUAGGGACAUUCUGAUGGAGGACAAUGGAACCCAACAACAUCUGGAGGGCACCAUGUUGGCUAACCCUACGUUAAAUAGUAAUUCCCCUGAGAAUCCAGGGCACUGUAAUUCUGUGAGAGGGAGGCAGAGACCCUGGUUAGCAUCCUCACUGUAGUAGAGCUCCCAUGGUGGUCACCCUCAGCAGUUAAAUCAAUAGCCAACUGCUAUGCAUGUGUAGUGUAGAUAUUGUCCAUGAGGGGGACUGCAACAUUACUGCGAACAGAUUAACUGUGAAUGAGUGUGUGUGUUUGUGUAUGUUAAUUGCACACGCAAGUUAAGCUCCAACACAAAGGUGGCAUUUCGCCCCUGCGUGUUGUUGGCAGUGCGUUCCUAAGACUGAAACAGCCCAGUGUCUUUUGCUCCGUGGGGGGGGGGAUGAUCGAGUGUGUUCCUUUGUGCACUGAAAUCUGCCUCUGUUUCAGGAUUGCGCAAGCCACAAUGCGUGAGAGGCAACAAGAAACUGUGGAUUGCACUGACUCAUCUGGCAGCAAUAAACUGGACAGCAGCCUUUGCCCACCUGGGGCCCUCCAGAUGUUUGGCACCACAGCUUCCAUCAGCCCCAAACGGCAGCCACUGUCUGGGGCUGAUGGGAGUUGUAGUGCAGAAAGAACAUCAGGAGGGCCCAGGGUAGGCAAAGGCUGCUGUACAGAGUACAUGAAUGCCAGGAUUGACACACUUCCUUUCCUUUUAGUUCUAGGAGGACCAUCAAGGGCACCGUCGACUUUCUUAAUCCUCUAUAGGUGGGGAAAGAUCAGCCAUGUCCUUAGCAGAUCCCUCGUUUAAUCACAUUCUGGUGCUUACAAAUAGCUGCUUUGGAGGUAUACAAUAAAAUGCCCAGUAAAACUGGGACUCGGGUUUGCCAGCAAA